UACGUCAGAUGAAGAGUAGUGCUGACAUGGACAGACACAGGUUGGACAAUGAGAAGGUCAGAUUGGAAGGAGAAAGGUCUGAACUGAAAAUAAGAGAAUCUCAUCUCUUGAAUGAAAUGAAAUCAAUAGAAACUUUUAAAGGACAACUUAAAACGCUGACUAAAAGGAUGAGGGAAGACAAGAAAGAAAAGAGGAAAAAAUUACAACUACAUAGUGAAGAUGUAGUAGAGCUGUACACUGAAUUGAAACAAAAGCUUACAGCUCUAAAUGUACAGAAAGAAAGUGUGGCUUGUUCCACCGAGCUGAUGGAGAGGGAAAAGAAAAGUCUGAUAAGUAUACUGUCAGACAUGGUCAUCCAAAGAGACAACAUUCAAUGCCAAAGGAAGCAGAAAUUUGAGGUGUUCAAAGAAUAUGUGAACAAACUGAAGGCAGAAUUAAGGCAAGAAAGAAAUGACCUCGACAGAGAGAGUGAGAAAAUGAAGACAGAAAAACUGGACUUGGAGCUGAUGAAGUGUGACAUUCUGAAACAAAGACACAUAUUAGAACAAGAUAAACGAGAUAUAAAGAGGGAGCAAUUCGAACUGGAAACCACAAAGAUUGAGAUUCAUAAACAGAAAGAACUCGGAGAAAAUAUGUUUAUUGAGAUAAACAGAGCGAGAGGCUACAUUAAGGAUUUGAUCCUUAAGCUUGAUGCAGAAAAAGACAGGUUAAAGGUCAACAUGGACAUUAUUAUCUUAAAACAAGAUAAACUAGAACUCAAGAAAGAUGAUUCCAAUAGACAAAAACAAGAACUGGAAACAAUAAAGACGAGUGUAAUUGCUGGAAGACAGGAACUGGAAUUUUGGAGGGAGGAUCUCACCAAGAAGAAAAAAGAGAUUGGAGCUGCUAUUAACUCCAUCAAUGAAGAGAAAGAACAACUCAGUCAGAUGAAGAGUAGUGCUGACAUGGACAGACACAGGUUGGACAAUGAGAAGGUCAGAUUGGAAGGAGAAAGGUCUGAACUGAAAAUAAGAGAAGCUCAUCUCUUGAAUGAAAUGAAAUUAAUAGAAACUUUUAAAGGACAACUUAAAACGCUGACUAAAAGGAUGAGGGAAGACAAGAAAGAAAAGAGGAAAAAAUUACAACUACAUAGUGAAGAUGUAGUAGAGCUGUACACUGAAUUGAAACAAAAGCUUGCAGCUCUAAAUGUACAGAAAGAAAGUGUGGCUUUUUCCACCGAGCUGAUGGAGAGGGAAAAGAAAAGUCUGAUAAGUAUACUGUCAGACAUGGUCAUCCAAAGAGACAACAUUCAAUGCCAAAGUAAGCAGAAAUUUGAGGUGUUCAAAGAAUAUGUGACCAAACUGAAGGCAGAAUUAAGGCAAGAAAGAAAUGACCUCGACAGAGAGAGUGAGAAAAUGAAGACAGAAAAACUGGACUUGGAGCUGAUGAAGUGUGACAUUCUGAAACAAAGAGACAUAUUAGAACAAGAGCAACAAGAUAUAAAGAGGGAGCAAAUCGAACUGGAAACCACAAAGAUGGAGAUUCAUAAACAGAAAGAACUCGGAGAAAAUAUGUUUAUUGAGAUAAACAGAGCGAUAGGCUACAUUAAGGAUUUGAUCCUUAAGCUUGAUGCAGAAAAAGACAAGUUAAAGGUCGACAUGGACAUUAUUAUCUUAAAACAAGAUAAACUAGAACUCAAUAAAGGUGAUUCCAAUAGACAAAAACAAGAACUGGAAACAAUAAAGACGAGUGUAAUGGCUGGAAGACAGGAACUGGAACUUUGGAGGGAGGAUCUCACCAAGAAGAAAGAAGAGAUUGGAGCUGCUAUUAACUCCAUCAAUGGAGAGAAAGAACAACUCAGUCAGAUGAAGAGUAGUGCUGACAUGGACAGACACAGGUUGGACAAUGAGAAGGUCAGAUUGGAAGGAGAAAGGUCUGAACUGAAAAUAAGAGAAUCUCAUCUCUUGAAUGAAAUGAAAUCAAUAGAAACUUUUAAAGGACAACUUAAAACGCUGACUAAAAGGAUGAAGGAAGACAAGAAAGAAAAGAGGAAAAAAUACAACUACAUAGUGAAGAUGUAGUAGAGCUGUACACUG